AUGAAGCAGGUAGCUCAGCGGUCGCUCAGACUUGAAGCUGCCCUGCUACGCGAAAGACUCGUACCACAACAUAACACCCUUGCUCAAGCCACAGUACAAGCACGACGAUGGCAGUCAAACAGAGCCGAGUCAUCCAGCUACCAACCCAGCGUCAGCCAACGUGCCGGAGCUGACAGUGUCAACUUCCCAGGUGCCGUGAACAGCAAGUUCACCUCCACCAUGCGGUUCCAAAACCCGGCAGAAAACACCGCCAUGUCAACAUAUCGUAUCUUAGAUGCAGACGGCAACGUGGUUGACAACACCCGCGACCCUCAAAAUGCGCCCGACAAGGAAAUCUUGCAAUGGUACAGGAACAUGUUGACUGUGAGUAUCAUGGAUAUCAUCAUGUUUGACGCCCAACGUCAAGGCCGUACCAGCUUUUAUAUGGUAUCAGCUGGCGAGGAGGGAAUCGCCGUAGGAACAGCUUCAGCGAUGGAUCCGGACGACGUCUGCUUUCUCCAAUAUAGAGAACAGGGUGUAUGUAUCCAGCGAGGGAUGACACUGAAAGAGCUUAUGAGUCAGCUAUUUGCCAACAAGGACGAUGUUGGCAGAGGACGGAACAUGCCUGUACAUUAUGGAAGCGGCAAGCACAAGAUAUUCACCGUGUCGAGUCCGCUUGCUACACAGAUUCCGCAAGCGUCUGGUGCGGCAUAUGCACUGAAGCUGCAGCGGAUGAUGGAUCCGAAUGUCAAACCGAGGAUUGUGACUUGCUACUUUGGCGAAGGCGCAGCGAGCGAGGGUGACUUCCACGCCGCAUUGAACAUAGCUGCCACCAAGUCCUGCCCUGUUGUAUUUGUGUGUCGAAACAACGGCUUCGCUAUUUCCACGGCAAGCAUAGAGCAAUACAAAGGUGACGGUAUCGCUAGCAGAGGAUUGGGCUAUGGUAUUGACACGAUCCGAGUGGACGGCAACGACAUCUUCGCUGUCAGAGAAGCAAUGAUCGAGGCUAGAAAGAUGGCCCUUGGAGGAAACUGCAAACCAAUUCUAAUCGAAGCAAUGAGCUAUCGAGUCAGUCACCACAGUACAAGUGACGACAGUUUCGCAUACAGAGCGAAACGCGAGGUGGAAGAGUGGAAGCGCAGAGACAACCCAAUCACUAGACUACGCAAAUGGAUGGAGAAGAAGGGCAUAUGGAACGAGGAUAUGGAGAAGGAAGCCAGAGCAAGUAUACGAAAGCAGAUUUUACAAGAGUUCUCAGCUGCUGAGAAGGUAAAGAAGCCAGCGCUUCGAUAUAUGUUUGAGGAUGUGUUCGAGGAGAUGACUCCAGAUCUGAAGGCUCAAAUGAAGGAGCUGAAGAGAUUGAUAGAGACAUAUCCUAAAGAGUACGACGUGUCGCAACACGAGCAGGGUAUCAAGAGUUUAGACUAG